AUGACUUCCAUUGAAUCCAACACCCAGGUUCCCGCCGUGGUUCCCGCCAACGAUUCAUCAACAAGUGAUGUCAACACCAAUAUCCACGAGCACGAUCCAUCGAAAAAGUUGCUGCAAUGUGAUGCAGAGUUCAGGACCAUUGUGGAACAUUCUGGCAAAAUCCAUCAUAAGCUAGCGCGACAACUGGUCAGCCAACUGUGGGAUGAUUUUAGGACUUGGAUCAAUAGAUUCCUUCAAGUGACACUUGAUAAACCUAAACCUUUGAUUGGGAUGGUUGCCUUCGAUGCCAAGAUAAUAAAGGGAAGUGCACGCGAGAAAACCAUCUUCAUGAAGGACCUGGAAAAUCUCCGCCUAUCACUUCAAGAAGUGAAAUCUAUGCUCCUCGAAGGAGCUGAAAACUACUUGAGGGGUGAUGAAGCCACUCAGAGAGAUCCCGUGAUGGAAUCUUCGAAUACCAAGGUACUCUAUAACUUAGACUACGGUCCACGAUCAGACCUUGGCUAUUACAUCACCUUGGGUAUUCCAAUGCGCCUCGUCCUCCUCCAGGUCGCGUCUGUCAGAUUCUCCAAGACCGACAAGCUCGACAAUCUUUACCUAGAAGAGCUUGUGUUUAUCAAGGAGGGCGUCACGAGUCAGUUCAUGAAUGGGCGUUUUCACUAA